AUGAACAACGAGAGUCAGUUGGACGAGGGCCUUGCGAGCCUGCUCAGGCUCUUACGAGCAGUCGAAGCUCUGCUACAUCAACCGAGUCUGCGAAGCGAAAUAUACAGUUUCAAGCUCUCUUCAGAACUUGGUGGAAACGAUGCUCUGAGAAUCCGAGAGCUGAUAGCCCUUCAACAAACAACCGUAUGCGAGCCACUCGACCAGAUGAAGGAAGCCCUCACUCAAAAGCUCGAGGUGCAUAUACAACAGGAGAAUGCCGCUUUGCUAUAUGCAAAGGCGCUCACAUCCCCACUUCGCCGAAUUCCUCCUGAAAUUCUCUCUGUGAUCGUAGAGUUCCAUGUUUUCCGGAACCAGGGGAGCGUCUGGACGUUUAUGCACGUAUGUAGGGCAUGGAGGAUCGCCGCAAUAGGUACUAGCCGACUGUGGAAGGCAAUUUAUCUCGGCCAUCCGCCACUCACCGAUGUACCGCCAUAUACAUACAUAAGGUGUGCGAGCGAAGAGCAGUUACAAGCGUAUCUCAAGUACUCCGAGUCAAGACUGACUGACCUUCGCGUCGGACAGCUACCCGUCUCCCAGCUGAAGCUUCUUCUCGACCUCAUUCACAGACACAAACCUACCAUUAAACUUCGCUUGUACUCCGAGCCACCGAUACCGGGCAUGAAUCAACUUCCGAAUAUCCAAUGGGAUUUCAGCGAGCUGCAGCAGCUCUUCACCGUACGAAGGCAGUCGGUCCAACAAGCUGUACGCCAAUCAACAACACUGCGCACAUUAGCUACAACCACGGAAGUUGCGUCUAAACUAGAUAUUGGUAACGGGCUUCCUCGGUUGCAGAGAUUGAUUUUGGCUGGAGCAAGUGGCCAACUACCUCGUCAACUGCUCGUCACUUGUACAUCAUUACACACCCUUGCGCUCAACCUAGACUACGCACCCAUCGUAGACCCGCCUAUUGAACUACCGUCACUCGUCAAAUUUUGUCUCGUCGCUGGGGGAGGAGUGGGUGCGGAGUGGCCGGUGAACAGCCCAAAACUGAGAGAAUUGGAAGUGGCAACGAAGUUGCCAAACUUUUCUCCAACGAGGAGUAUCACAUUAAUGCAGCUUGAGACCAUCACAUGCUCUCAUUCUUCUCCUCUGCUCACCUUGGUCGCUCCCCACUUGGAAAAGUUGGUCGUGGAGACGCUUGAAACCACAUUGAACACGUCACUGCAGUACGUUUUGAAUAGUAUAUGGCCACCGAGGCUACCGAACGACCAGCACGCAUCCAUGCUCCGACUUGACCCCGUUUGCCUGGACAUAGCCUUCUCAUCUACCGCCACUUCCAUGCCAACCUUUAUAGGCUAUCUCUGUCGUGUGACGCGACUCACCACGCUCCGCAUCCGACCAGGGAUCACGGAAGUGCAAAGCCAUAUAGACUUAUUCUAUUGCCUCCGAGAUGAGUUGAUGAAAACAAACCCCCCUGCAGAGAAAGGUGGCGUAUGGGAUAUUCCACUCAAGCAACUGUAUGCUAUACAGAUAUCAUUUGGGGGCGAGACCGCGUCCAUUCCAUUCAGCCUCAUCGAAUUCGACAUGGCUGCAACAUCGUUCUUGAAUGCUAGGAAACGACUAGGCUUUCCAUUCAACGAAGUCCGACUCGACUAUGGGCCAAGAGUUCUGGUCCAGAUGACGGGUUUAAACAAGGAUCAGAAUUAG